AUAAAGGUCGUUUCUACGCUUUCGGUCGUGUAUUUUCUGGUACUGUUCGAUCUGGUCUUAAAGUCCGUAUUCAGGGUCCUAAUUAUCAACCUGGAAAAAAGGAAGAUCUAUUUAUAAAGUCCAUCCAGCGUACUAUUCUCAUGAUGGGCCGUUAUGUCGAACCUAUUGAAGAUUGUCCAGCCGGAAAUAUUGUCGGUCUUGUUGGUGUUGACCAAUAUUUACUCAAAUCUGGAACCAUCACCACUUCUGAAACUGCGCAUAACUUAAAGGUUAUGAAAUUUUCAGUUUCACCCGUCGUACGAGUUGCCGUUGAUGUGAAGAACGCAAAUGAUUUACCAAAAUUAGUAGAAGGAUUAAAACGUCUUUCCAAAUCUGAUCCCUGCGUCCAAUGUUAUACAUCUGAAUCUGGUGAACAUAUUGUAGCAGGAGCUGGCGAAUUACAUUUAGAAAUUUGCUUAAAAGAUUUGGAAGAGGAUCAUGCCCAAAUUCCGAUAAAAACUGGUGACCCUGUGGUAUCAUACUGUGAGACUGUCCAAGCCGAAUCAUCUGUUACUGCACUAUCUAAAUCACCAAAUAAACACAAUCGUUUAUAUAUGAAAGCCUUUCCAUUGGAAGAAGAACUUGCCGUUGCUAUUGAAUCCGGAAAGAUUACACCACGUGAUGAUUUCAAAGCACGUGCUCGUGUCCUUGCUGAAGAAUUUGGCUGGGAUGUAACAGAUGCUCGUAAGAUUUGGUGUUUCGGUCCAGAAUCCGUCGGAGCAAACUUAUUAGUAGAUGUAACAAAGGGUGUUCAAUAUCUUAAUGAAAUUAAGGAUUCUUGUGUUGCUGCCUUUCAAUGGGCUACAAAAGAAGGCGUUUGUGCCGAAGAAAACAUGCGUUCUUGUCGAUUCAAUGUUAUGGAUGUAGUAUUACACGCUGACGCUAUUCAUCGUGGUGGUGGACAAAUUAUCCCUACAUGUCGUCGCGUAAUCUAUGCAUCAUAUUUAACCGCAAAUCCUGGUCUUUUGGAACCAGUCUAUCUUGUUGAAAUUCAAUGUCCGGAACAGGCUAUGGGCGGUAUUUAUGGUGUAUUAAACAGGCGCCGUGGUAACGUUUUUGCUGAAGAACAGCGACCUGGUACUCCACUAUACAAUGUCAAGGCUUAUUUACCCGUAAACGAAUCGUUUGGUUUUACGGCUGACCUACGAUCAAAUACUGGUGGUCAAGCGUUCCCUCAAUGGCAAUUAAUGAAUGGAACACCGUUAGAACCUGGAAAAGUCUGUGAUAUCGUAAAAGCCGUAAGGAAAAGGAAAGGCCUUUCCGAAGAUAUCCCGUCUCUUGACAAAUUUAUGGAUAAAUU